AUGUCUUACGACCUCAAAAGGGAAGAGGAAGUUAAAGAAUACGUCGAAAACCUCGGUAUUGAAUAUAGGUUUGGUUGUUACAAAGAGAAAAAACCGGAGGUCUGUCAUCUAUUGGGGGAUUAUUUAGAAGCUAUAAAAAAGGAUUUCAAAAAAGCGGCGGCGGUUUACAAGAGCAAUUGCGAUGAUUAUAAUCACGGGAAAUCAUGUUUAAAGUACGGAAAUUACGCGUUGUUGGGAAAAGGGAGGGAAACGAGUGACACAAAGGAAGCAUUGAAGUAUUUCGAGAAGGGUUGUGAAUUGAACGAUCCUACGGCUUGUUUACAUGCUGGGGUGAUUUUAACAGCCACUGGACCCGCCGUUACUGUUCCACGAGAUGUUCCCAAAGGUUACAACUACUUAAAGAAAAGCUGUGAUCAAAAUGAUGCGAUGGCUUGUCACUAUCUUGCCGGAAUGUACUUAACGGGAGUCCCGAGGAAUCCUACUGAAUAUAACCCACAUAGUCCAGAAAAGAACAAAAAUAUAGACUACCUAAUAAAACCUGACCCAACACAAGCUUUUGGUUUUGCCAAAAAGGGGUGCGAGAAUGGUAAUAUAUUUGCAUGUGCAAACGUCAGUCUCAUGUACAAGAAAGGCGAAGGAGUAAAACAAGAUCUAGAACAAUCGAAGAAAUAUUUCAAAAUAGCUGAGACAUUACAGAAAGCCGACGAAACUACAAAACAACUGAAAUUCCAACAAGGACUCGAGAAUAAAUAG